UACGGUUGACGGCGGGCGGCGUCGUGAAAGGCCCGUGAAGGACGACGGUGGCGGCGGUUGCGGGUCCGUGAGGGUCGGCCGGUGUUCGCAUCGCGACAGCGUCCUUUGUCGCGACAAGGGCGGAGCCAUGCCGUUCUGGGACCUGCAGCGGCAGCUGGGUAUCGAUGUAGACCGGUGGCUGUUGCGGCAGAGCAUGCCGCAGCCCUACGGCAAGGCCGGGGCCUGUCACGCCUUCGAGCGGGAGUGGGUGGAAUGCGGACACGGCCUGGGCCAGACCCGCGCCCGCCGCGAGUGUCAGCUCGAGUACGAGGACUUCAUGGAGUGCAUGCACCGCACCAAGCUGGCUGUGCGGCUGAGAACCAUCCUCGAGCAGAGGAACAAGAUGAUCAAGGAAGGGAAGUACACGAUGCCCGACUACCACAAGGGCAAAGAGGAGCCGCGGCCUUGAUUCGUGGGGGAUGGGGCCGUCGGUCACCUGUAGAGCCGUUGACGUGGAACUCCUCUGGGAAGAAAACCUGCGGCACAACUGGGUCACGCUGUAGUGGUGGGGUGGGGUCUGCGUGGGGGCCCUGCCCCUGCUGAAGGGGAAUGACACCACAUUGGGCAUCGCUUGGACUAGUAAAUGUCUCCUUCGGAA